AGGGCGUUGUAAUGAGGAAAUUUCUCACCCAUCAAAAUAUGUAAAUCAUUCCUCAAUCCCACCGAGAUUGAACUAAAAAAUGGGUGCUGAGAAGUCCAAGUUAUGUUUUAUCACAUAUGAGGAUGCUGUCAAACGGGUGAGUGAAGCGGAGCUGAAGAGGCUAAAAGAUGCAUUCAAAAGGACAAGUACAAUCAAUGGCUACAUGACAAAGAUUCUCUUUGUCAGGGAGGUCCUUGGCGAUGGCGUACCAGCAAGUAUUUCUGAGCAAAUCUUCCUGUCAUUUGGGGCAGCUCAGCGUGGUCUUAACUUCAGAGAUUUGGUAUGCGGUCUGGUGUUGGUGACUAGAGGUAACUUAGAAGAAAGAAUCAAGUUCAUCUUUGGCUUUUAUGCUUAUGAGAGCCUUCCAUUCGUGAGCAAGUCAGAGAUGGACCGCCUUGUACUUGCUACUGAGGGCCAGGUACCUGCUGCCCUAUCUGAAUUGUUUCUUGAUCGAGACAAAGUGACGUAUGACCUGUUCCGCACAUGGAUCCUGAAACAUCCUGAUGUGACGUCACUGACUAAAUGGCUACUUUUCGACAGCAAUAAUGCCACGCUGACCAGUGAUAGCGAAACGCCCACAUUCUACCAGACCCUAGCUGGUGUCACUCACUUGGAGGAGACGGACAUAAUCGAACUGGAGAAGCGGUACUGGACACUGAAAGCUCAGUCCAAAUCCGGACGGUUUGAUACAGAGACGUUUCAACCUCUCAUAUCACCACCUGUACCGGAGUCACUUUGCUGUGGAUUGUUCAAUGCCUUUGAUGAGAAUCGUGAUAACCACAUCGACUUCAAAGAAAUGGCUUGUGGGGUGUCGGCGUGUUGUCGAGGACCCAUGACUGAGAGACAGAAAUUUUGUUUCAAAAUAUUUGACCAAGAUCGCGAUAGUCUGCUGUCGAAGUCUGAACUUGUCGACAUGGUGGUGGCGCUGCUGGCUGUCAGGAAAGACAACAAGUCUGAUGAGGAACUGGAAUAUGAUAAUUUUCAAGAUACAGACCCAACGGUGAUAGUGACAGAGAUUCUGGAUGCCUAUGACUCCGAUAAGGAUGGGAAGAUCACUCUGGAGGAGUAUCUUGUCUGGACGGUCAACCACCCGCUUCCUGAAAACUUUGUCAAUCUCUUAUUCCAAGUGUGUCACAUUGUUUUAGGCCUGAAGCCACAGAACCGAAAGGAGGAGGGCCAGAUAGUCAGGGAGUGGUUGGCGCGCGACGAGAGGCAUGGUCUCAUGACAAAUCAGAUAUGGUACUUAAUAGCUAUGCCGUGGUGGAGGUCGUGGUUUGAAUAUGUUACUUAUUCCCCAAGCACAACAAAGUCACAGUCUCAGACAGUGCAAAGGAGUUCGUCCCAAAGGAACAAAUCGCCAUACCGAUAUAAUACUCUGCAAUACAGUCAACAUGGCAGCAAGAUGAACAAUGCGUGGGGGGAGAAUUCAAAUGUAGUCAUCAAAAGUAUCACUCACCACCAAGACGAAGUCUCGCCCAUUAACCUACCCAACGGAAACGUCUCAGGCAACUGCGGAAAUAGCGCUUCCAAGACCAAUAGCCUGCCUCGGAAGUGGAAUGGUUACGGUCCACAUCCUGUAGCGUACCCCCACCUUUCUCCUAAUCUGACACCAACAUCGAGCCCAGGGCCGAGCCCGCAGCCUUCGCCUAGUCUGAAACGCUACACGACGAACGGAGUGCCAUCGAAACCAGGAGCCAUUGAUAACAACUCGUUGAUUGAUGUCAAUCUCUCAAAGGUUACAUCUUUGACCAAUGAGGGUGGUAAACUGAAGAGAACUGCCAUGUUGGCACGGAGCAGAGAUUUUGAACUCGUUCCAGAACCAGUGUGGAAGGCACUGCAUUCCUGGUAUGGUGGAACUCUUGCAUUGCCUAGGGCUGUGAUCCGCAUGCGCCCCACUGACCAUACUCCUGAACUUGAGAUGUACCCAAUCCACGUCAAGUUACUGCGCCACCAGGUGCAGAAUACAAGACCCAAUCAACAGACAUCGUUCACGGGGAUGAUGGCAGGUAUAGGAGGCAUGACUCUUAGUGCUGCUGGCAUCUCCAACAAUGCCCCCCCUGCUCCUCGUCGUUACCUUGCCUAUACGGCAGCGUUCAGUCGCAAGCAUACCCUCAAGCAAGUCUACGACUUCUUGUGUUCACGGCUGCGGAUAAACCGUGAAGACAUCAGACUUUGGAAGUGCAAAGACGAGCAAAAUAUGACACUUCUAGAAGAAGAGGAGAUGACGAUGGAGGACUUGGGCAUCGAGGACAAUCAAAACAUACUCAUCGAAGUGCGCAACAAAGAUUUAACUUGGCCCGAAGAAAUGUCACAACUCGCUCGCAACAAGAAUGCUCUUGAUAGAAAACAACAAGUUCCCACAGAAAAAGGUGCCACAGGCCUCAGUAACUUAGGCAACACAUGUUACAUGAAUGCUGCUGUCCAGUGCGUCAGUAACACAUGGCCGCUGACUUACUACUUCACAUCAGGGAUACACAAGUACGAAAUGAACAGGGAUAACCCCCUGGGCAUGAAAGGUCACAUAGCACAGCGGUACGGUGACUUAGUGAAGGACCUGUGGAGUGGUACAAUGAAGUCGACUGCUCCACUUCGGUUACGGUGGACGAUUGGGAAGAACUCACCGACAUUUAAAGAUUUUCAACAGCACGACUCACAAGAAUUGCUGGCCUUCCUUCUAGAUGGUCUCCACGAGGAUCUCAAUAGGGUUCAUAAUAAGCCAUACGUCGAGCUGAAGGACAGUGAUGGAAGACCAGAUGAGGAAGUGGCCAAAGAGGCUUGGGAGAACCACCUCCUUCGGAACAAGUCCGUCAUCGUGGACCUCUUCCAUGGCCAGCUCAAGUCACAAGUACGAUGCAUCGAAUGUGGUCACAUCAGUGUACGCUUUGACCCGUUCAGUGUCCUCUCUCUGCCAUUACCCAUGGACAGCUGUAUACAUUUAGAAAUUAUCAUGAUAAAAUUGGAUGGGUCCGUUCCAGUCAAAUAUGGCCUGAGAUUGAACAUGGACGAGAAGUAUAAAACCUUGAAGAAACAACUGAGUGAACAUUCAAACAUUCCCUUCAAUCGCAUACUUCUAGUGGAACUCUUUGGGGCUGUCAUAAAAAGUCUUCCGGAUGACAACCAGAAGAUAAAGACAAUGCUCUGUGGCUCCCUCUAUGCCUACGAACUUGCCCCACCGCCGCAGAUUGCUGUGAUGACUGUCGCUGAAGAGCGUGGCCUGACGCCGUCUGGAGUGGAUUCCAUGCAGAGAUUAAAAAGCAGCUACAGUGCAAGGUCAUUAAAUGAAAGCUAUCACGGUUACCUUCCCCCCAUCGAAUCACCCAACACCCUGCGGCGAUCAGACGAUGCCCUCGAAAGCGACACCAAUAAUGGCCUUGUUAUAGUCGACCACAGCGAUGCCAAAAUAACGCGAUUAUCGAACGGUGAUUUCGGUAGUGGUAUGCAGACGAGCGACACGGAAGAUGUGAAUGGGGAUGUUAUGAACGGUGAAGCCAUGACGGUACUUGUGAACGGUGUGAACAACAAUGGGAACAGCACAAGUGGGAGCAGUCAAGACCCGGAUUCAUUCAAUGGGUUUAUUGUAGCUAUGCAUAGAAAGAUGAUCCGGAUGGACGUGUACUACCUUUCCUCUCACAAGACGAGGCCGAGCGUGUUCGGGACGCCGCUGAUCCUUCCGUGUUUUGAGGACACCAAGAACCAGGACAUCUACCAGUCAGUGUGGACACAGGUGUCCAGACUAGUCAGCCCACUGCCUCCGUCAGAGGUGGGGAGCCCGAAUCAUGCCAUGGAUUGUGAUGACAGCCUUGGUUAUGAGUACCCCUUCACUUUAAAGAAGGUCCAGAAGGAUGGAGUGACGUGUGCCAAAUGUCCCUGGUAUCAGUUCUGCCGUGGAUGUCGAAUAGAUUGUGAUGCUUCUGUGUUCAGGUUUGCCAGCUCGUAUAUUGCCAUUGACUGGGAGCCGACAGCCAUUCAUCUCCGAUACCAGACUUCUCAGGAAAAGGUAUGGACGGACCAUGAGAGUGUCGAGAUCAGCCGUCGUCAGCAGACGGAACCGAUCGAUCUGGACACGUGCCUCAAGGCGUUCACCAAGGAGGAGGAACUAGGAGAGGAUGAACUCUACUACUGUUCAAAAUGCAAGAAGCAUCGGUUGGCUGCGAAGAGACUGGAGAUAUGGAAGCUACCUCCUAUGUUGAUCAUUCACAUGAAACGCUUCCAGUUCCUAAACGGCCGUUGGGUAAAGUCUCAGAAAAUUGUCAACUUUCCACACAGCAAUUUUGACCCCACACACUACUUGGCGGAACGAUGUCCUCUGUCCAGCAACAACUGUAGUUCAAGUAGUUUGGAGGAGCAAUGCAUACACAAUGGCCCUACAAACCACGACAGGGCGAGUGUUGACAUGGAUCAAAGUGAAUUAAGUGGCCAAAAGAAUAGCAGUACUGUGAUGAAGCGGGGCUCGCGGGUGAGCCUUGACAGAGAAAGCCAGGGUUCUGGUGACGGCAAUCACCUGGAGUCUAGUCAGAGAAAGAUAGAAAAUAACAACACAAAAAUCCUCUCUUCGUCGCAACAAGAAUUUGAGGACUACACAAAUGCAAGAUACAACCUUUAUGCAAUAUCAAGUCACUCGGGGAUAAUGGGAGGCGGUCACUAUGUUGCCUAUGCAAAAAAUCCGAACAACAAAUGGUACUGUUACAAUGACAGCAGUUGUAAGGAAGUCCAGUCUGACCAGAUCGACCACAACUCUGCCUACAUUCUGUUUUAUGAGCGAGCGGGCCUCGAGUACAAGGACUACAUGCCAAGCAUCGAGGGGAAGGAACCAGACUUGAGUGAAAUUGAUGAUGAAUUCGAGUCGGAUUUCAAAAAGAUGUGCUCGAUACAAUAAAAUCAAAACAUCCUAAAACAUAAAGUCAAAGUUGACGAUAUGUGUUUAUUGUCUAAACUGCACUAGCAGGUGGAUCUUUGCAAAGUAUUCGAGUGAAUUUUGAGAACUCGUCAGAAAUUUAUCAAAAAAAUUCUCCCAAAUACUGUAAAAUUCUCCAAUACACAUUGUAAGUUGCAGCCUUGUCUUAUUUUGAAGUGCCACUCAGAAUGUUUUUAUAUCACAAAUUAAGUGUAAGUGUUCAUGUGCUGUGCCAAUUUUCUCAGUGGCUAGAAAGAAUAGAGUGUAUUCCUCCAUUUGUAAACAGAAUUCGUCAAUGCUGAUUGAUAUUUGCCUGAUCGCUUUGGCAUGUGAUGUCAUGGCCCUGGUGUUGCCAUCUGAUGUCAGAAUAUCCCGUAUUGUGUCGGUUAGCCUCCCAACGCAUGGACUCUUAUAGUAAGCCAUUGAAUUCACCUCUUCAUUUUGCCACCAUGGUAUUUUAUGAUAAAUAGUCUGAUAAAAAAAAAACUCUGUCAUAGUAUAUCAAAUAGAUUUGAGAGUUCAAGCGAGCCAAUCUGCAGCUUGAUCAAAUGGUCCUGAUCGGUCUCUGUCAACAUUUGAGUCGGAUUGCUAGGAAUCACUCAUAGUCUGAGAUAUUAAUGGAUUGCAUUGCUACAUGAUUGGCAGAGACUUUAGAGUCUGACUGUCAACUCAACUGCAAAUUCUAGUUCAGUAAUUACUGUGACAUUAUAACAGUACACUUGUAUCCUAUUUCAAUUAUAGUGCCAUCAUUGAGCGGCCAUCUACAUGUACUUAAGGUUUUUUAACCACCCUGUUUUGCAAAGUGUGAGAUGACUUGAAAGUUAUCGUGGAUUUUCACAACAAAAUCUGAACAUGAUAAAAGAACAUCUGUCAGCGAGGAUCAAAAUCGGUGGCGGUUAAUGUUUGGUGUAUAUCCGUAUGAUAUCGUCCACAUCUGAGUUGAACAAUGUAACUGACAGUCUGUUCUGUUUGUUGUUAAACCAGCUCCACCAUGACCACCAGACAAUCGGCAAAUACUCUGUCACAUCGCCACUCGAUACAUCUGUAUCUGUUGAGUGCUCUGAAUGAAGUGUACCAUGAUGACAUUCUUUUGUUGUCGGCCUGAUUUUCUCUUGAACAUUUGGCCGGUGUAGCCUCUUAAGUCAAGGCCAUGACUGCUCGGUAAAAUCACACUGUUACUCGAGGCAUAUCGUUGAGGGCACCAGGUUGUACAUGUUGUGUCCAUGUAAGUGUCUGUGUGAUAUUAUCCCUGCAUGGUUGGUAGUACAUUGUGUUGCAUGAAAAUAUGUUCCUUAAGAAAGCAGGUAAUUUAUCAAAAAUGCAAGAAAGUGUUUUCUUUUUGUUUCGAAAUAAAUAUGAAAGACAUUAUAACCCUUUCGCUGCAGCAGUAAUUUUUUCCGGCCACUGCCAUCUUCUGCUGACAAAGGAUACCAAUAAUGAACAGUAGGGCAAACUACGGCUGUAACUGUUCAGUAGUGUCGCCAUCUGUAGGAUGAAACUAAUAUUCCUGAGUGUGGGUGGCAUGUUUAGAGAGGGUGCGACCAAGUGCGGGUGAAUUAACAUUUUAGUAGGGCAUGACAUACUACACUUGUCACCCGCAUGUCAUGGGGCCAUGUACGUGACGUGUUAUGCACGUCACCUGCAGCAAAAGGGAUAAAAGGUCAAACAUCAUUGAAAUUUUGUUUUUCAUUCUCGACAUUUCCAUGUGACUAGAUGUAUUGUGUAAUCUCUGACAACUCUGUUGUAAAUUCUAAUGUAAAUAUACCUGUAUGUAUUGUUCCAUGUGUGUCACAAUGUGAUAUUCUACUCUUUGUUAAGUGUAGGUAUAAAGAUGUGUACAAACUUUGUAAUAUAUUAUAUAUAUAUAAAUGAGAAAGACUGUUGAAAAUAAUGUGCAAAGCAUUGAUGUAAAUAUAUAUAUUGGGUCUGAAUUUCUGGGUUUGAGGCUGAAAUUUGCUGAUUUGUGUCCAAGUAUACAUGAAUUAUCAAAUAGAAAAUGCUAUGAUAUGACCUCCAGUGCAACUCCAGCACUGAGAAAAUAUUUUCCGAUCAAAGUUCAUCUGAUUUCAGCCUCUCUCAUGAGUGACUUGAUUGUUAUUGCAUAUUGAGUGUAUAAUGUAGUUCAUAGGUGGAUACAGACACGGGAGAGGAGGGGUGGCACACUCUUAUUUCAGAAAAAAUGUUUGAAAUUACAAAAAAGUCAAUAUGUUUUUGAGUGUGAAGUGCUAGGACGCCUCCUCUUUCUCAGAAUCCUGGGUCUGCCUUUGUAGUUAUGUGAUCUUUAGAUCUCGAGAUAUUUAGUACAUCUAGACAAAUUGGGAUGCCAUCAUGCAAGAAUAUGUAGGUUUUAAGCUGAAUUGGCCUUACCGGUUUUAUAAUUGGAUAGUUGUUUGCCAAAAUGCCUCCAAAAGAGAAAAAAUCACCGCGCUAUAGUUUCAAUUCUUAUUUUAGCAUCAUUUGGGGCAUUUGCACAUUUGAGCUAGAUAUCUUGUGAUGUUGAGAAGAGGUUUAAUUUUGAUGAUGUCUAUUUUUGUUACUGAAAGAAGCACUGGUAUAUUUUAUGUAUUUUGUCGAGAGUUUAUUUCAAAGGUAGCAUCGGAUGUUCAUUAUGUGAUUGGGUCGUUGUGUGAAUUUAUUUUCAUUGCAGGGUAAGAAAUAUUUAGUUGAUUUCAGUUAAAAUGAAUCUAGUUCAUGAUACAGUGUGUCACAAUAAAGGUCAUUUUAUCACAGUUUCAUUGCAGCAUUGCAUCAUGCUAUCACAAAGUUAUCUUUGGAAAUAAUAUCACUAUGUCAAAUAUGAUAAUAGGCCUUCUGAUAUAUUGUGUGCAUCUGCUUGAUAUAAGGCACAGAUGAUUCAGUCUAGGUACGGUUGCCCUAAACCACUUAAAAGUUGAAUUUUCCAACAUGGUUAAUGACAAGCUUGGUGCGAAAUGCUUAAAAGUGUACUUGCAUGUAUUGUGAGGCGUCAUUACCCCAAAUUAUGGCUGGUCCAUUUAUUGUGAUGAUUGGCAUCAGUGAUCAAAAGGUCCUCGUAAUUUGUCAUAAUGUUCUGUCAAAGUUCCUGAGAAAUGUUGCCUUUCUUUCACAUUUUGUAAUUUUUAGCAAAAUUUGGCAAGAAUUGCCUCAAAUGUCAUGAAUCUUCUGUUGCCCAUCUUUUGAUUAGUUUCCGACUUCUUUCUGACCAUGACCCUCCCGAAAAUGCCAACCUACAUGGGGUACAAAGGUGCUACUGAAUACUGUGCAUUUCUUCAGCUAACACACCUGUGGAGUUGUCACAUCGGGCGUAGUAUCUCACAGACUCCUGGUUCAGUCCAUUUCGUCCGUCAUUCACACUGUCUCAUAGACUGCCACAGAUGACACAGUGUUUAGGGUGAGGGACAAGGCCAGUCCACUGCAUCUCGCAGUCUGCUGGGCCUAAGAAUCCUCUCUCUUGAACUUGAUUCUGAGCAGAUUCCUUGACAUUCGUUGGGCUGUGUAAAGUGGUUGGUUCUUUGUUGAGACAUCGAAUAUUUUACAGUUGUUGUUUUUUUCCUAAUAAUCUUGAUUCUUUGUUAUUUGUCUUCCCUGUAUGUAUUCUUUUAUUUUAUUUCCCCCUCGAGAUGCUCUUUUUUAUUGACCUUUAAUUGACUUUGAUGGUGAUUUGCGCGAUGCGUGGUUUGUUCUAUUCACUGCUUUUGCCCUCUUUAUAAGGACCUACUCAGUCUCCAUUCGAUCAAAAAGUUAUAAAGUUAAAUUUGAAUUUGAAAAUUUCCAAUUUUUUUCAAAAAGGCCGGAAUAUGAUUUCAACAAUGAACGCUAUUAACGACGUAGGCCUUAAAAAUCACAGUAACUGACAUGUAUAUAAACUUGAAUGCUAGAAUAAAAAGGUGUGCAAGUUCUGCAUUCUUCUGUCAUCCUGAACCUCAUGGUCUACUCCGUUGAAACAUAGACGGAGUAUAUCUUGAAAGAUGCAAAAACCUUGGUGGUCAAGAUGCUCUUCAGUAUGUUUCCAUUGACAAUUAUUGUGAAUUUUCAUUAUUCACGAAGUAGAACAAAGGUACUUUCAUUAUUCCACUUGAACACAUUGCCAAUUUCUGAAGCUUGUUUAUAUUUAUGAAAAUGUUGAUAUGAGCUGGCUUACAAUAAUGGUGGCUCCCAGUAGUGCCCACACAAUCUAUGUGUGAUCAAUUUGUGUCAAAAUAAUGUGUGUCCCUUGAUUUUUAUGUGACAAAUCAAAAGAUUGCCAAUGAAUUAAAGUAUAAUUGAUGUUAA